AAUGGGACCCAAAAUCUAUUUUCAAAGGGCCGGUCAGUCUCAACUCAAGCUCAUGCCACCAUUGUUUUUUGUAAGCGGAACUGACCAUAAAAGGGUGUCUCUGUCUUUACGUCUUUUGACCUCAUCUCCAAGCCCAACAAUUUUCUUUUAUAGUUUCCUUCCAAUUUUCAUCGUAUCUUUUAUAUUUGCCUUCCAUUAAAUCUCUCCGUUUUCAUCGCUCUGUUUAUCCUUAUUCUCCUUUCUUCUUUAUAUCUUCUUUUCUUUUUGUUUUACUUUCCUUUUGGAGAUGAAUCAAAUAGAAAUGGACCCAGAGCAACACGGAGUCGACGAUGAUCAGAAGAAGAUUCCCAACGGUGGCGGAAACGGAAAAGUGAAUGGAACCGCCGUCUCGGGUGAUCAAGAUGGAGGAGAAUUCUCUGAUGUCGAGAUGGAGAAAAGCUGUGAAGAGAAGGAGGAGCAGCACCAAGACAAGGAGGAUUCUAAUCCAAGUUCCCCCGACGUUAGCGAAAACCACGACACCGACGCUAAGGAGGUUAAUCUUAAUCCUCAAACCAAUGGUAAUGGCCAUAAUCAUUACAUACCAGCAAUCAAGGCACAAGUUCAUCUCCCAAAACCUGAGCCACCACCACAGCCAAAAGCGGAACGUUCACAAUCGUUGUCCAUGGCCGAAAACAUGCCUUCCAUAGGAAAAUACAUCAGAGACCGAAGCAGCACUUUUUCAGCAGCAAUCAUCAAACGCUUAUCAUCAUUGAAAGAAGAUAACGGGGAUUUCAUCGUGAAAAACGAUUCGUUAAACUUCGAGGCAACAGAGUUCAAAAUCCCAGGGGUCAAAGUUAUAGUAAAACUGAAAGGCGAAGACGAAAGGCAAGAGUUAAAAGGUCGGAUAACGUUUUUUACAAGGUCGAACUGUCGAGACUGCACCGCUGUUCGUAAAUUCUUCAGAGAAAAGGGCCUUAGAUACGUUGAAAUAAACAUCGACGUGUUCCCCAAAAGGGCGAAGGAGUUGGUCGAAAGAACAGGGAGUUCCGAAGUACCCCAGAUAUUCUUUAACGAGCAUUUGUUGGGUGGAUUGGUAACAUUGAAUUCAUUGAGAAAUAGUGGGGAGUUGGAUAAGAGAAUGAAGGAAUUGUUGGGUCAGAAAUGUCCAGAGGAAGCGCCUGAUAUAACAGCUUAUGGAUUUGACGAUGAGGAGGAAGAAGAAGAUGAGUUGGUGGGGAUUGUGAAGGUUCUGAGACAGAGCUUGCCUAUUCAGGAUCGUUUGAUUAAGAUGAAGAUUAUCAAGAAUUGCUUUGCUGGUGCUGAUAUGGUGGAAGCCAUCAUUCACCACCUUGACUGCGGCAGAAGAAAGGGCAUUGAAACUGCAAAGCGGCUGGCCCAGAAACACUUCAUCCACCAUGUCUUUGGGGAAAAUGAUUUUGAAGAAGGAAAACAUUUUUAUCGUUUCCUUGAGCAUGAACCAUUUAUCAUGGGAUGCUUCAACUUUCGAACUUCAACAAAUGAUAGUGAGCCCAAAUCCGCAUCUUUUCUAGCGGAUAGACUCACCAGGUUAAUGUCAGCCAUACUGGAAGCAUACGCGUCUGAUGACAGGCUACAUGUUAACUAUUAUGCCAUCAGCAAAAGUGAAGAAUUCCGCAGGUACUUAAAUUUGGCACGAGAUCUGCAAAGGGUCAAUCUCCAAUCACUCACUCCAGAUGAGAGGCUAGCCUUCUUCUUAAACUUAUACAAUGCCAUGGUCAUCCAUGCUGUAAUCAGCAUCGGACAUCCUGAAGGAAUACUUGAUAAGAGAGCCUUUUUCUGUGAUUUCCAAUAUGUAGUUGGAGGGUACCCUUACUCCCUCAGCAUCAUAGAAAAUGGGAUCCUCAGAAACAAUCGAAAGUCCCCUUAUUCCUUGAUCAGGCCCUUUAGCAAUGGAGACAGGCGCUUAGAGCUUGCUCCUACUAAAGUUAAUCCAUUAAUCCAUUUUGGGCUGUGCAAUGGAACAAGGUCAAGCCCAACAGUGAGGUUUUUCACUCCUCAGGGUGUUGAAGGUGAGUUAAGAUGUGCUACAAGGGAGUACUUCCAGAGAGGAGGAAUAGAGAUUAAUUUGGACAAGAGGACAGUUUAUUUAACUCGGAUCAUCAAGUGGUUUAGCGCAGAUUUUGGACAAGAGAAAGAUGUCCUCAAGUGGGUCAUGAGUUACCUGGAUGCAACUAGAUCGGGGCUUUUGACCCAUCUUUUGGCUGAUGGAGGCCCUAUUAACAUUGUGUACCAGAAUUAUGAUUGGUCUGGUAAUUUGUGACCUUCCAAUUUUUCAAGUCGUUGGCUGUUUCAGAUAGAAAUUUUGGGAUGAAACCGUUGAAGCAAACGAGUUUCAUUCAUAUCGUUACAAAGAAUAGAGGAAGAUGCAAAUGACAGGGAAACUUUUGUAUAUAAUACCUCAAGUUCAAAGGUUACAUGAGGGAUUAGUCUUCUGCCUUAGCAAAGGUAUCAUCAAAGACAUUAUAAAAAUCUUGUCUCGUUUUUGCCUUGUAUUUUUGGGUGAAUUGCAACAAUCAUUAAAGUUGAUUUGCACUAGAAGAAAAAUCUGAGUCCUUGGCAUGUUAGACUCUGAUGUCCUUUUUUUUUUUUUUUUUUUUCCAAUUGAGGAAGAUAUGUAACAAUUUGAAAGAUGAAAUGAUUAAAAUGAAAGAAUAUGAUCUGUCAACCAUUGUCAGUCUAUCAUGUGUGCAUAGGCAUCAUCACGAAAAUCAAGUCAUAGUUGCUAAACGAACAACAGCAAUGUUCUUCCAUUCUAUUUUUCCUUCUCUAAAAUGGAAUAAAGGGGAUUCAGAAGUCCUUACU